ACAAGAAACAAAAUUGAAAAUAGAAAGUUUUUAAAGCAGCGAUGAAACCGAAGCUGACUCUGUCCAUCGACGGCAACGGUAGAAAACGACGUCAGAAAGAUCCAAGCAGCACGCUUCCAGUUCCACGAAUUUUUAAGUCAGUUUUCACUUUCUCCACACAAUUUGAAAUUGAAUUUCGUUAGUUUUGACGGCAACACAUAUUCCCAUGGAACCUCCUUCGUUAACGUCUGCUUACCGAUUCCGGUUCCGAGACCACAACCGCCAGGAGAUGGAGGACGCCUCCCAUUCUGACACUAGCUCCGGAAUGUCCUCCAUCUCCAGCGACCUCGACGCAGAGACCGAGCUCCAGUCCAUGACCGCAAAGGGAAUUAAGCAUCUCUGUUCCGAGCUUCUCGAGCUAAAGGCGGAAUCAGACGAAGAUUUCCACAGAAACAUUUUCUCUAAUUAUUCUUCCUUUGUUAGAAUUUUUGAUGAAGUAGAAGGAAUGAAAAAUGAACUGAUGCAAUUAAAGAGCCAAGUUUUAACUCAAAAGAGGCUUGUAAAAGACCUUAUAGAUGGAAUUCAUUUAAAAGUUUUAUCAGAGGAAACAACUGACUCAAAUUUUCAAGAAUCUGAAUUUCCUGAACCAACUCCCCCAAGCAAGUUAGCAGUUCACAUCGAUAACAUUUCAGAAACAUUGGAUAUUCUGAUGUUAGAAAAUAGGGUGGAUGAAGCAAUAGCUAUUUUAAAAAUGGAGGAUGAAGUUUUACAAAGGAUGCAAUUUGAGGAUAGUUCUCCUGUGGACUUGUUACUGUUGUAUAAUUCAAUGAUUUCUGAGAAAAAGGCCAUGCUUACUUUACAGCUAACAUUGUCGGCUGAAAACCAGAGAAUUUCUGCUGCUGAGCUUCAAAAUGUGUUGGUUGGAAUUUGCAGACUUGGUGACAGUCAUCUAGCAACUCAAUUGUUACUUAAGUAUUAUCAUUUGCGUCUUGCGACUGGAAUUCAUAAUCUUCAAUGUUCACAAUCCUUAUUGGAUGGUUUAUAUGUUAAGGAACUUGCAAAGUUUGUGUUUUCUAUGAUGUCUCAAGCAGCAAGAAGACUUAUGAUGUUAUAUGGAGAAACUUCUCCCCAUGUUUCAAAACUUAUUCAAUGGGCUCGGGAAGAAACCAAAUUGUUUGUUGCUUCAUUUAAUAAAUAUGUGAAGUCCAGUUCUGAUAUAACUGGGGGGUUAUCAGCAGCAGCAGAAGCCAUGCAGUUUGCAAUGUCAUAUUGCUCCUUGUUAAAAUCUCAGAGACUAUUCUUGAGGCCGUACUUGAUCAAGCAUAUUCGUCCUUGUAUGGAAGAGGUUCUACAGAUACAUAUAAACCAUUUUAAGAAAGUUAUCAGUAUGUUCACGGCAACUGAAACUUGGGUUUUGGGUAGAUAUCUUAUCUCAGGGAUUUUAAGUGAAGGGAAUUUUAUGGUUGUUGGACAGCAGCUGGAAUAUUGCAUGCUCACUAACAGUGGCUGGAAGUUUUUAACUCUGUUGCAGGCUAUCAUAGCAGAUGUCAACCCCUUACUUGCCAUUCAAAUGGAAGGUUCUAUCCUUAAAGGACUCAUGAAUCUCUUCACAGAGUACAUAGCCAUACUUGAGAAAGCUAUUACCUUUGAAACACAUGUUUCUGUGAAAGGUACAAGAAGAACUUCAGCAGAGUCAUUGUCAAAACAGAUUUCUUUGCUGGCUAAUUUAUCAACAUUACAAUAUUUCUUCUUCAAGAUCAUUAUAAGUUUCUUCAGGGGUACUAAUCACAUGAAUUCUGAGCCAAGAAAGAAAAAAUUAAUUGAUUUUCAACUGAAGGAACUCGAUGGUUGUAUUCUGUUCAUUCAAGAAGCUGCUGCUAAGCUUAAAGCUCAUUGCUUCCAGCAAUUUAUAAAUAGAAUGAUGUCCCUUGAUGGCUCUAAACUUAUGCAAGAAUCCUGCAGUGAUAGCCAGGAAGAGCCUAGCACGAUUCAUGAUACAAUGCCAUCUGUUGCUUUUCAGGUACUGUUCUUAGAACUAAGAAAAGUUGAUAAACUUGCUGAAGACAAUGUCUUUGAAGAGGACUGGUUGAUGGAGCUGUUAAGGGAGUUGAUAGAGGCUAUAUUUUCUUGGAUUGUAAACAAGAAGGAGAUUUGGAGAAAUACCAAAGAGAAUUCACCUUUCCAACUUUCUGGCAUUAUCAGUCAGUUUGUCUUGGACAUGCAUUUUCUGGCGGAAAUUGUGAACUCUGGAGGAUAUUUCUCCAAAAAACCGUUGGUUCUCCAAAAUCUUGUGGAUUCAGCAUUUACUUCAGCUGGUCUUGAACCUAAAAGAGAUUUGGAUGAUGGAUGGGCUAAAAAUGUUGCAACUGAAGCAAUUCAAAAGCUGCUGGAGAUUGAGAAGAUGCAACUGUUUCUUGAAGAUGAUUCUGUUGAUAGUUUGGAGGAGGAACCACAUGAAAAUGACCCUGUUCACGAUGAAAGUAGAAAUGCUAUGAAGGAUUCUCUGGUUUUGGAUGAGGAUCCACCAAUCACGGAUAGAGCUGAAGUUGCUAUUACAACAGAAACAGUGAUGAAGGCGGAAAGGCCUCUUGAAAGGUCACCAUCUCUUUCUGAUGUAGAGGAUUUUUCUGUUGAUAAAAAUGCCGUUGUUUUGGCAAACAAUUCUGGAGGACCAGAAGAUGUGGAAUCAGAAAAUGGCAUUAGCAAAGCAUGCGACGAACUGGAUUUACAGGAGAAAACUGAUUUGCCUGAUCCAUCCUCAUCCCAUGGUACUAACAGUGCUUCAGAGCUAAGGGUUCCUGUGAAGGAGGAUGCCGGCAGUGAAGCUGAUGCCGCUCAUUCUGCCAGUAAUGAGCUAGAAGACGAUGGAAGGAAAGUUGUGAGGGACUGAAAUACUGCUUCUGCUUGAUAUUCUGCACUAAUUGAAAGGC